AUGACCGAUCCAGUAGUUGAUUUCAACUUCAGAGCAUAUCGCUUUAAACGCAAGAAAUACAGUUUCUUCGCAGUCACAGAGGCCAGACAUUGGUCAUUUCAUCGGUUCUACUCUUUUGCUAUUCAAUCUGGAGACGCACCAAAAACAUUUAAUGAAAUUUUUGACAAAUGGAUCGCCAGCCUGAAAUUUAUUAAAAGGCAAAAAAAUGUCUCAAAAUCAAUCGUGAACUUUGUAGGAGAGCUAAUUGAAUUCAGUGAAUCUAGGGAAUUUGGGAACUUACGGGAUGCUUACGAGCAGAAUUUCCGUGCUCACAUCCUUACAACUCUUUCAAGCGGGUCAGUGACGAAGAGCGAAAUGGCACAAGGUUACAGAAUACAGGCAAAUGAAAUCUUGACUGGUGCAGUAGGAGGGCGGGUCAAAAAAGAUGAGGAGGUUGAGGAAGACGAAUCAAAUGUACAAAUUUCACAAAACUUUGAUGACCCUAAUCAAGUGUACAGUGAUGACGAAUUUACUGAAGAACGUCCAACAUGCGAAAAUAAACUGAAAAGGAAGCUAGGAGAUGACGAAUUACCAGGUUAUGAUGGAUUGAUAUUUUUAUUUAAUGAUGAAGAUACAAUUAUAGAAAAAAUUGACGAAAAUAUCCUCGAGGAGGAAAGAAACUUGCCACUAGCGAGUGAUAAUAAGGACCCAUCCAAAUUUAUAUUUGAUAACAUGUUGAAUGCAUUCCGAAAUUACCAAAACAAAAUCCCUAAAACCCGAAAAGUAUUCACCCCUGCAUAUUGGGGAGUGCUCGAUUUGACUAGGGAAAGUUUAUAUGGAUGUAAAGAAAUUACAGAAAACGAUUUACAACAUUUAUCUCAAGAUUUCGCUAAUCAUAUCAAAUGGAAAUGCGAACCGACCCCAAAAGAUAUUCAGGAUUAUUUCGACAGUAGUUGCGAAAAACUUGACAAUAGCGUUGAAAAUAAAGAUCUAAUACAUUUUGACACAAAUGAAGAACAAUAUGCACCUAUUCCAAGGAAUGUUAACAGAAGAACAGAUGAAAAUGACAUCAUCAUAUCCGUUGUUUCACGGAAUUUUUACAUCCGAUCGUAUGAAACACGCCUGGCUAUUUCAACCAGUGAUGCACGUAACGAAAAAUCGGAUCCAUUUAAAAAAGCACGAAUGGGUCGAAAGGUCGAUAUGAAAGUGACGUUGCUAAAAACACCAAAUAAAUUUGAGGCUCUUUUUGGAGAGGUGGCAGGUGGGCUAGGUUCAUUUGGAAUCCCUACAGCAUGUCGCAAGAAACGGUUCCUGGAUAAAGUAAAAUUGAUGAUAACAAUGCGUGAUAGCAUAAAUCGUUUAUUAAAAGAAUGUGAUUAUGUAUCAGACGAAAAAAGAUUAGAAAUAAUAGUUUUCGGCUGGCUUCAAUUUGGAUCUGGUAUAUAUAGAUUCGGAUUGGUAGAUAGAUGCAGGAUACCUGCUGAUGAUGAUUGUUGUAACAUAUUGGAAGAUGCAUAUUGCAUUCUUAAAUUGCUUGAA